UCUGGAGCAGUUGGAGUGGGCAGGCCCAGCCGGGAGCGAGCGGGCUACGGGAGCGGCCGCGAUGCGGGAAUGCAUAUCCGUCCACGUGGGCCAAGCAGGGGUCCAGAUCGGCAAUGCCUGCUGGGAGCUCUUCUGCCUGGAGCACGGCAUCCAGGCCGACGGCACCUUGGGCACGCAGGCCAGCAAGGUCCCGGACGACGACUCCUUCACCACCUUCUUCAGCGAGACUGGCAACGGGAAGCACGUGCCCCGGGCCGUCAUGGUCGAUCUGGAGCCCACCGUGGUGGAUGAGGUUCGGGCAGGAACCUACCGCCAGCUGUUCCAUCCAGAGCAGCUGAUCACAGGAAAGGAGGAUGCGGCCAACAACUACGCACGGGGCCACUACACGGUGGGAAAGGAGAGCAUCGACCUGGUGCUGGACCGCAUUCGCAAGCUGACAGAUGCCUGCUCAGGCCUGCAGGGCUUCCUCAUCUUCCACAGCUUCGGGGGCGGCACCGGCUCCGGCUUCACUUCUCUGCUGAUGGAACGCCUCUCCCUGGAUUACGGCAAGAAGUCCAAGCUGGAGUUCGCCAUCUACCCGGCCCCCCAGGUGUCCACGGCUGUGGUGGAGCCCUACAACUCCAUCCUGACCACGCACACGACCCUGGAGCACUCGGACUGCGCCUUCAUGGUGGACAACGAGGCCAUCUAUGACAUCUGCCGGCGCAACCUGGACAUCGAGCGCCCGACGUACACCAACCUCAACCGCCUGAUCAGCCAGAUCGUGUCCUCCAUCACGGCCUCCCUGCGCUUCGACGGCGCCCUCAACGUGGACCUCACCGAGUUCCAGACCAACCUGGUGCCCUACCCCCGCAUCCACUUCCCUCUGGUCACCUAUGCGCCCAUCAUCUCAGCCGAGAAGGCCUGCCACGAGCAGCUCUCCGUGGCCGAGAUCACCAGCUCCUGCUUCGAGCCCAACAGCCAGAUGGUGAAGUGUGACCCCCGUCACGGCAAGUACAUGGCCUGCUGCAUGCUCUACCGGGGGGACGUGGUGCCCAAGGAUGUGAACGUCGCCAUUGCCGCCAUCAAGACCAAGAGGACCAUCCAGUUUGUCGACUGGUGUCCCACGGGCUUCAAGGUGGGCAUCAACUACCAGCCCCCCACGGUCGUCCCCGGGGGAGACCUGGCCAAGGUGCAGCGGGCCGUCUGCAUGCUGAGCAACACCACGGCCAUCGCCGAGGCCUGGGCCCGCCUGGACCACAAGUUCGACCUCAUGUACGCCAAGCGCGCCUUCGUGCACUGGUACGUCGGAGAGGGGAUGGAAGAAGGAGAAUUUUCCGAGGCCCGGGAGGACCUGGCUGCCCUGGAGAAGGAUUAUGAGGAAGUGGGGACUGAUUCUUUUGAAGAAGAAAACGAAGGGGAGGAAUUUUAA